ACGAAUUUAAGAUCCUUCACUGGGGUCUUGAUCCUGAUAGCUUCUGUUCUUGUAGCGGUUGGCUUCGAACUGUGCUUAUCAAUUGCUGCUUACUAUUCCUAAUAGCUGACAUCCAUCUCAGAUACUCAAGUUUCUGCUAUCCAAUGCACUAUUGCUUUUUUUUUUUCCUUGAUAUUUUGUUGACAGUUAAAUUUAAGUGUCUUCUUUCUAUACUGGGGAAGCCCCAAAAAUAUAUUGCUGCACUGGGAAACUGAAGCACUCAAUAGCCUGCCUAUAUUCUUUCUACUUUGCAAUUCAUUUUACGACCAAUGGAUGCUGAAAUAUCCGUUGCAUUUUGCGUCAGAAUAUCAUUGUGAUCAUGUGAACAUGGCUCAUGUUGGCACUAAACAUUUGCGGGUAGCAAAGUAUGUUAGGGCAAUUCAGGAGGGAUUAAUUAAGUUAGACAAGCCAAAAGAAGAGCCACGUUUGUAUAACCUGUGGGGAGAUGAUCUCAACUCAAAAGACAUGGCUGGGCAUCUAGCCUAUAUCCCUGCACCAAAACCCAAAUUACCAGGGCAUGAAGAAUCUUAUAAUCCUUCUUUAGAGUAUAUACCCACACAGGAAGAGAUAAAUUCCUACCAGCUUAUGUAUGAGGAAGAUCGCCCCAAAUUUAUUCCUAGAAGGUACACAUCUCUCAGAAGUGUGCCCGCUUAUGAAAAUGCCGUUAGUGAAUCUUUUGAGCGAUGCAUGGAUCUCUACAUGUCCUAUAGAGCCUGGAAAAAACGCCUUAACAUUGAACCCGAGUCUUUGAAGCCCAAGUUACCUAACGGGAAGGAUCUUAAGCCAUACCCAGUGACGUGUUAUCUCGAGUACAGAGGUCAUGAGGGUGCUGUUGCUUCGAUUUCUACUGAAGCUUCAGGGCAGUGGAUUGCUUCAGGUUCUGCUGAUGGAACUGUUCGUAUUUGGGAGGUUGAAACUGGCAGAUGUCGUGGGGUGUGGAGUAUAGGUGAAUCGGUCCAGUGUGUAUCCUGGAAUCCAUUGUCUGAGCUUCCAAUUUUGGCAGUUGCUGCGGGCCAAGAUGUACUGCUUCUUAACAAAAACACAAACCGUCCUUACCCUUAUUCACGUAUAAUUUAA